UCUGAAAUAAUCAACAAAAACCCAUCCAAAUACAACAUGAGGGUGCCUACUGUGUUGGUUUUGCCAUUUCCUGCUCAAGGGCAUGUGAAUCCCAUGGCAAUCCUCUCGCAAAAGUUGGUUGAGCAUGGAUGCAGAGUCAUUUUUGUGAACACAGACUUCAACCACACGCGAGUGGUGAGCUCCAUGGCGAAGCAACAACACAGCAUUGAUGAGUCACAAAUCAAGCUGGUCUCAGUCCCCGAUGGGUUAGAACCCGAUGAUGACAGACAUGAUUUUGUAAAGGUGUGCGAAGCUACUAUAAGCACCAUGCCUACGUCACUUGAGAAGCUGAUAGAGGAUAUUCAUGGGAAAGGUGAAGAUAGAAUCAGCUUCAUUGUCGCAGAUUUUUGCAUGGCAUGGGCGAUGGACGUUGCUGCUAAAUUAGGAAUCAAAGGAGCUAUUUUCUGGCCUGCAUCAGCAGCAGUGUUUGCCACCAUGUACAACAUUCCCAAGCUUAUUGAUGAUGGGGUUAUAAAUUCUGAUGGAUCAAUGUUAACCACUACAAAAACAAUUCAACUAUCACCAGGAAUGCUUGAGAUGGACGCGGGAGCCCUUUUCUGGUUGAAGAUGGGUGACACGGUAAAUUUUAAGCCAAUAUUUGAUUAUAUGGUGCGUUGUGUACAAAGUUUAAAUUUGGCAGAAGAGUGGCUUUGUGACACUACGUAUGAACUUGAACCUAGAGUAUUAACUUAUUUCCCAAAGAUCCUCUCAAUUGGUCCAUUGUUGAGAAGUUAUGACAAUACAAAUGCAACAUCAAGAUCAUUGGGACAAUUUUGGGAGGAAGAUCUCUCCUGCAUGAAAUGGCUUGAUCAACAACCUCAUGGUUCGGUCACGUAUGUUGCCUUUGGUAGUAUUACUCUUUUUGACCAAAACCAAUUCAAUGAACUAGCUCUUGGACUAGACCUCACCAAUAGACCUUUUCUUUGGGUUGUGCGUCAAGACAAUAAGUUGACAUACCCUUCUGAAUUCCAAGGGCAUAAAGGUAAGAUAGUUGCAUGGGCCCCUCAACAAAAGGUGUUAAACCAUCCUGCCAUAUCUUGCUUUAUCACCCAUUGCGGUUGGAAUUCGACUAUGGAAGGUUUGUCUAAUGGGGUGCCCUUCUUGUGUUGGCCAUAUUUUGCUGAACAAAUUUAUAACAAAAGUUACAUUUGUGAUGAGCUGAAAGUUAGACUGGAAUUGAAACCAAAUGAAAAUAAACUUGUGUCUCAGUGGGAGAUUAAGAAGAAAUUGAACCAACUACUUAGUGAUGAACAAAUGAGAGCAAGGUCUCUAGAACUGAAGGAGAUAGUUGUGAAAAACGUUUCUGAUCAAGGCAGUGGAUCAUCAAACAAUAUUAGAAGAUUUGUUAAAUGGUUGAAAUCUUAAAAGUAAGCGUUUGUAAAAUCAUAAGCCUCUAUAGUUUGUUUUUUUCGAUCUUGAACUGUUCAAAUGUGACUUGAUUUUCUAUUAUUGGAUUUUUAUUUUGUGUUUUUCAAGCUUUGUUUAUUGUCUAAUUUUGAGGCAAGGAACAAUUGUUGGUUUGUGUAAUGAAGCAUAAUAUUUAUGUUAACGAGGUGUUUGCUCUUGAUAUUGAA